AUGGUGUCGCCGACCCCGAGCCGAUCCAAGGUGACUCCGUACCUGAUCUACCUGGUCUUUGUCGCAACGCUGGGCCCUCUUCAAUUCGGGUUUCAUCUGGCUGAAUUAAACGCCCCCCAGGCCGUCGUUACAUGCGAGAAGAAGAGCAUCACACUAGCCAACGCGUCGACCCAGCUGCCACAAUGCAUUCAAAUGAAUGCAUCCCAAUUCGGUCUCGUAUCCUCUAUAUACACACUCGGUGGCUUCUUGGGCGCGCUCGUAUCAGGCCCGCUAGCCACUCGGUCUGGACGGCGGUUGAUCUUGAGGGCAACCACCGCCUUUUUCGUGCUGGGCUCGGUCGCCGAAGCGUUGAGCCCUAACAUCGCCAUAAUUGCUCUUGGGAGGUUUCUAUCGGGUAUCGGUGCUGGAGCCUCGAUCGUGGUCGGCCCUAUUUUCGUGUCCGAGAUCGCCCCCCCUCAGUCACGAGGCUUUUUUGGCGCCUUCACCCAAGUCAUGACUAACGUGGGAAUUCUCUUAACUCAAACUCUCGGGUACUUCCUCAGCCGGGAUAGCCUAUGGAGAAGUAUACUUGGCGUGGGUGCUGCCCUGGGAGCUGCUGAAUUCUUUGGGCUGCUUUUCGUACCAGAAAGUCCGGUGUGGCUGGCCGAGCAUCGACAUGGUAGCGAAGCGCUCCGGAUUCUUCAGCGCAUCAGAGGGAAAGAUGCAGACAUAGAAGAGGAAGCGAGAACUUGGAAGGUUGUCUUAUCAGCUGAAGACGGGACUGGGGAGGAAGAAUCGUUACUGUCACCGCCCUCGCAGCAUGCUGGCCCGCGAGAGCCGUCUGUAACUAUAUUGACGGUGGCUAUGGAUGCACAAUAUCGCCCUGCCAUCAUUGCUGUUGUCAUCGUAAUGCUUGCUCAACAAUUUACCGGUGUGAACAGCAUUAUCAUGUACAGCGUGUCACUACUGCAAAGCACUCUGCCGACCGCAGCACCACUCCUAGCCGUUAUGAUCUCUGCCAUCAACCUAGUCGUCACUCUUGCGUGCUCGCCCUUGCCGGACAAGAUCGGUCGCAAGACAUGUCUUCUGCUAAGUGUCAUUGGGAUGGGCUCGGGGUCUGUCCUACUAGCUAUUGGCAUCUCUGUUGGUCAGAAGAUUUUGUCCGCGCUGGCGAGCUUGUUCUUUGUUGCCAGUUUUGCCGUCGGCCUGGGACCUGUCCCGUUCAUUCUUGCCUCCGAGCUCGUCGGCCCAGAAGCGGUGGGUGCUACUCAGAGUUGGGCGUUGUCUGCUAACUGGAUUGCUACUUUUAUCGUCGCCCAGUUCUUCCCUGUCCUGAACGAGGCCCUUGGGGGAACUGGCAAAAUAUACUGGAUUUUCGCCGCGCUGGCUGCUCUUUUCGGCUUCUUGAUUCAGUUGAAAGUGCCUGAAACUAACGGCAAAACGAGUCUUGAUGAGGUUUGGGGAAGGGCCGAGGAGCGGCGCAUUGACUGA